AUGGCAAUACACAAAUAUAAAAUAAUCUUCCUUCAUUUAGCCGAUUUAAAUUAUUACAUUUUCUCCCAAUAUGUAGGUAAGAAAGGUGGGAGUGAAUUCGGUCUUUGGCCAGAUGCUUUUGCAUUUGGAGAUCUGGAGGUUUCAGUCUUUAUCAUAUUGAGUGUUGUGAAAGCGGCCGUUACUUUGGAGUACUAUAACGUACCAGUCUCCAAAAUAACAGUCAACGGGAAUGGUUUCGAAGUUGAAAUAGACCACGAGGAUGGAAUCGAGUUAUUAUACUUUCACGGAAAAGUUUUGACCUCAAAUGUGAAAGUGGCGCCCGAGUCGGUCAUUGAUCUGCAGACCUACGAACGGGAGGGUGAUAAAUGGGUGUUAAAAAGCAAUUACAGUGAUUUUAGCUUAGAUGAUUCUAUUACGUACUGGCUGUAUAUCAAGAAAAAUGGCAUAGGGUACAGAUUGCCCCCAACAGAAUAUGUAAUAAAAAAGAUCAAUAGAAAAUCUAGUCAAAUCACAGCUGAAAACACAACAACCCCACUUGCACCAAACUUAGAGGAUCUCCGAGCAGAUAUGCUCGACUGUGGGGCUCUCUGUGCCGGUGAAUUGCAGAACUUAACUCACAAAUUAGCCACACUGAGAGGAAGAAUUAAUCUACUUCGUAAAUCUCUGGCGAAAAUCACCGAAGUAAUGGAUAUGCAAAAUGGAGCGGCAAAUUUUUCUUAUUUGAAUCACUUUACUGUAUACUAAAAUCCGAUUCCUUGGGACGUACACAAUAACUGACUAUCAGCAGAGGUUGGCAUCAUUUGGCUAAGAUGACGAUGAUGAUGCUGAUAACAAAUCAUAGAAUUUUAUACAAAGGAAGGUACACAUUUUUUUUAGGUUCUUUUGAAACCCAUGUUGGUGGACUGAAGUCAUUGAAAAAGCACUUUAAUUCAAUGCUGACGCUUAAUUUUAGGCUUAAUUUAGUGCCGAAAAAUCUUAGUCGUUCAUAAAGAGUGUACGAUGUAGAUAUAGAAAAGGUACAAAAUCAUAUCGAACUGCGAGUUAUAACUUUCUAAGUUAUUAGAUACAAAUUUUAAAAUUACCAGCUAUAAAGUUGAUGCUUUGGUGAAUAGAACUCUCGGUUUAAGUUACAUUUUGGGAUGUUAUAAAAAUUUAUCAAAGAAUUAAACCUUUAAGUUCGUAAUUUCAAGUUCAUUUUGAGUCGAAAGUCAAAAUGUGCGCUUAUAUCUUAUAAGUCGUAGUUUUGGGACUAAAAUUUCGAACUAUAAAGUGAACUUUUAAAAUUUCACUUCAUAUUCAUUCAUUUCGUCUGUUGGCUUGGUAGCAUAUAAGUAACUUUUUAAAAAUUGCUAAACAAGUUUUGAUAGG